AUGUCAGGCCCCGAACCCACGAUUCAAAGGAUAAAUGUCGAUGCCGAGGCGGAGUGGCUAAAGAUAAGAGGGAAUAUCGAACGGGCGAUGAUGGAGACGAUGGAGGCGAGGUUAGGGACGAUGCCAGGGGGCGCGACUGGGUCUGCUGCGAGGGCUGUGAGGAGGGAGGUGGAGGCGAGGCUGGGACGUAUCCGCGAAGACAUGUUCAACCUCGCCAAGCCCAACGUCCGCAUCAACGGUCAAGCCUACGAGACCUUUAUCGAAGCCACCGAGCCAUGGGACGAGGCACUAGACCAUCGCAUGUGGUCCAUAGCCACCGAAAAGGAUUCAUGGAUGGACGAGGUGGCUGUCCUGCGCAAGAGUCUGCCGGGGCAGGUACAGGCGGUAGAUCUGGAUCUGGAGCGGAGGAGGACGAAUAUGGAGUGGUUGCCUGAAGGAGAGGAUGAAGAUGAUGGACCCAAGGAGAAGGCCGUGGUCCCUCCGCCGCCGAGGCAAGAGGAGGUGAAGACGUUGAUGGAGGAUACUAUCGCGAAUAUCUCCGAACUUGUUCAGACGGCGCCAGUACAGCUUCAACGAGCGCAACGCGCACAAACGGUCAGAGAGGAGGUCGCGAGCCUGCCUAGAUGA